AUGGGUCCCCAGAUCAAGAUGUUUGCAGGGCCCUUGUCAACCUGCACUCGGCCAACCUGCCUGGCAAGCUCGGUCUUUUCUCUCUCCCGAUGCUUUUCAACCACUUCGCCCAACCUGAACUGGCUCGCCCCCAAGUUCGCCGAGAAAUCCAAGUCUCCUAAGGGUCGGCCUCAUGUCGCGACCGGAGGAUCUACCCGCGGGACAACGGUGGUUUGGGGAGAUUUCGGGCUGCGCAUGAAAGACCAUGAUCGCCGCAUGCCUUCGUCGGCGCUGAAAAUCGCAGAAGAGACCAUCAAGCGGCGGCUGCGAGGCAUGAACUACAAGCUCUACAAGCGAGUGAGUGCCAACAUUGGUGUCUACACCAAGGGUAAUGAGCAGCGUAUGGGUAAAGGAAAGGGCAAGUUCGACUACUGGACAGUACGGCUUCCUGUCAGCCGUGUCGUUUUUGAAUUGAAGGGAGAUUUGCACGAAAAGAUUGCCCGGGAGGCUUUUAGAUUGGCGGGUCACAAAUUGCCGGGUAUGUUCUCUUGGUCUCGCAAUGACUUGUACUCUUCAGCCUGGGAUGCUAAUCCCCGUCUCUCUCCAGGUCUCUGGGAAUUCGUUAAGAAGGAUGACCCGCCGGUCGUUGGUAUCACGAAACUCGGUAAUGGUAAAACCCUCGAAUCCCUCAAGCGAGCGCGCAGGGAUCCGCCUCUGGGUACCAACAAACUCGACACCCCACCGAAGAGCACAUCCUCCAGUCCCUCCCCUUCUCAAUAA